AUGAGAAGGGGAUGCAACGGGAGCACGGACGCUAACGAGCACACUGGUGCCAGCAGGAGCACGGGCCGCUACGAGAACACUAACGGCAACGAGAACACGAGCGCCAAAGAUAACACGGGUUGCAACACAGACGCCGGCGAGAACACGGGCCACAACGAGAUCACGAGCGCCAGCGAUGGGGAGGACACCAAUAAGAACACGAGCGCCAACAAGAUCACGGCGCCAAAGAGAACACGGACACCAGAGAGGACCCUGUGCUACAGAGAACACGGAUGUCACGAAGAGCACGGGAACCAACGGGAGCGUGAACGCCAACGAUAA